CACUUUAACCUGCCAGGCGAUGUCAAGAGCCUUGCUCAAAACGAGCUGGAUAUACUUUAUCACUUUAUUGUCGGUGUUGUCGAACCCUGAGACGCGAACCGGCCAAUCAAGCUUUAUGCGGUCCGAGAUGACCAGUAAGCACUGCUAGGUAGAUUGGUUUCCACGGCUGAGACUUCAAGGUUGCAGUCAGCCACCAUAACCUAGUAUAUAAGACAAAAACAUGAACAGAGGCAAGCCCAAGGUGACACUUCCCUGCCAGGAUUCAAUCUUUCUUCUUCCUGUCGAUUGCGAAGCCAACGUUACACGAACCGUCUCUUUCCGCCGCAAAUAGAACUUAAUCAAGCCCCUCGACCACCGUCAUCACAACCUCUCCCCUUCAGCCCUUACCCACAGAGCCACCCUCAAAAUGAACCCUCUCAUCAGAACCCUCUACGGCUAUCCCCCGCCACCACCCCGCCACCGCACCCAACCCAUCCGCAUCCUAUGCGUAGGCCUCCCCCGCUCCGGCACAGAGAGCCUCAGCCUCGCCCUGACCCAACUGGGCUACACCCCCUUCCACGGCUGGGACCUAGUCUUCGACACGGCCGCGCACAUCCAGGCGUGGGCGCAGCUGGCCAGACGCAAAUACGCGCCCUCCGCGACCACCCCGCGGGAUGACCCGAUCACGCGGGCGGACUUCGACGCCCUCCUCCCCGGCGACUGCGACGUGGUCAUCGACUCGGCCGCCGCCCUCUUCACGCCCGAGAUCCUGCAGGCCUACCCGGACGCCAAGGUCAUCCUCAACACGCGCCGCGACGUGGCCGCGUGGCAGCGCAGCGCGCGGCAGGCGUUCGUGACGGACGGCGCCGCGCACUGGGGUCUCUGGGUGUUGCAUCUGUUCAGUGCGGAGGUGUUUUGGCUGUGGCGCUUGUAUUAUGCCGUUGGGUAUCCGGGGUUGUUUGGGGCGAGGACGGUGGAGGAGGGGGUCGUGGGCAAGGGGAGACGGGUGUAUCGGGAGCAUGGGUGGUUGGUUAGGGGGCUGGUACCUUCUGAUAAUUUGUUGGAGUGGAAUGUGGAGGAUGGGUGGGGGCCUUUGUGUGAGUUUCUGGAGAAGGAGGUCCCGCAGGAGCCGUUCCCCCAAACGAAUACCGGGGAAGGUUUUCGGAAUCGAGUUGAGUAGAGAGUCGGGCCCUGGCGGCGGACGGCUUUGGUGAAUUUUGCCAUUACGGUCACUUCGGCCGGGGUGCUGGGGACGGCGGUGGUGUUCGGGGCGAGGAAGGGGGGCUUGUGGUGGCCUGCUGUCAGGGAGAUUCCGGGGGUGAUCGGGGCGCGGUGGUUUUAGAGGAGCGGAAUUGAUAGGGUGGAAGGGUAUACGGUCUGUGGAAAGAGGGUAUAUUUACAAUGAUGGUUUUCAUUUCUACGAUGCAGUGGAUCUACAGUUUGUCGUCGGUGUAGCGGGAGGGAGAGAUUAUAAGAAUCA